AUGGGCAAGGCCAAGACACCCAAGCGCGGAGCCGCGAGCUCGGGUCCCUACGAGCGGCCGUCGAAGCACCCCGCCGCCAACAACGUCUUCAAGUUCAGCAAGGACUUCGGCCAGCACAUCCUCAAGAACCCGGGCAUCGCCGAGACCAUCGUCGCCAAAGCCUACCUCAAGCCCACCGACACCGUCCUCGAGGUCGGCCCCGGCACGGGGAACCUGACGGUCAAGAUCCUGGAGCAGGCGAGAAAGGUCAUCGCAGUCGAAAUGGACCCGCGGAUGGCGGCGGAGACGACGAAACGGGUGCAGGGUAAGCCGGAGGCGAAACGGCUCGAGAUGCUGCUCGGCGACGUGAUCAAGACGCCGCUGCCCGGGUUCGACGUGUGCAUCUCGAACACGCCCUACCAGAUUUCGUCGCCGCUCGUCUUCAAGCUGCUCGCGCUGCCCAACCCGCCCCGCACCUGUGUGCUCAUGUUCCAGCGCGAAUUCGCCAUGCGCCUCACCGCCCGCCCCGGCGACUCCCUCUACUGCCGGCUGUCGGUUAACGCGCAGUUCUGGGCCCGCAUAACUCACAUCCUCAAGGUCGGGCGCAACAACUUCCGGCCGCCGCCGCAGGUGGACUCGAGCGUGGUGCGCAUCGAGCCGAAGCUCGGCGCGGAGCGGCCGGCCAUCAGCUUCGCCGAGUGGGACGGGAUGCUGCGCGUGUGCUUCAACCGGGGCAACAAGUCGCUGCGCGCGGCCUGGCUCGGUAACAAGGGCGUCCUCGCCAUGCUCGAGCGCAACUAUCGCCUCUGGUGCGCCUCCAACGACAUCCCCGUCGACGACGCCCUCGCCGACGAGGAGGACGACGACCACGACGACAACGCGCCGGCCGGAGGGGAGGAGUGGGGCGGCAUCAUGGACAUCGACAAUGACGACGACUACGAUGGCGGUGCUGGCGACGCUAACGGUGACGACGACACGCCGUCCUUCUUCCAGGAGCUCAAGGCCCCCGCCCCGGUCGCCAAGACGAAGAGCAAGCGCAGGAAGACUCGCGUCGCCCUGCUCGUCCGCGAGAAGGUCCGGCGCGUCCUCGAGGACGUGACGGAGCUCGCCGAUAAGCGGAGCGCCAAGUGCGACGAAAACGACUUCCUACGGCUCCUCGCUGCCUUCAACGCCGAGGGGAUCCACUUCUCGUAG